ACUCGAUUAGGUACGUUUCUACGGUGAACCUUCCCAUCAUCCCCUAAUCUACUUCCGUGUGUGAUGAGUGAUAUUUCACUGGCGACAACUGUGCGACGAAACACAGGAAAAUCCGUAUGGAAAAUCUAAAAAUGACUGGAAAUUCUACGUGAUAAGAUUGUAGUUUGAGAAAAACAUUAAUAUUGAGAAGUUCUUGGACUCAAAAGCCAUCAUGUCGAGCGCUGGAAGCCAAGGACAGAAGGCAGAAUACUUGGUCGGAGGGGGAAAAUACAAGCUCGUUCGGAAGAUUGGAAGUGGAUCAUUCGGCGAUAUUUAUUUAGGAAUCAACGUUGGCAAUGGCGAAGAAAUUGCAGUCAAAAUGGAGUCAGCGAAGGCGAGACAUCCACAGCUCAAUUAUGAAGGAAAGGUGUAUAGAAUAUUACAAGGAGGUGUUGGUAUACCGAAGGUUAGGUGGUAUGGGUCAGAAAAAGACUACAAUGUAUUAGUGAUGGAGCUACUAGGCCCUAGCUUGGAAGACUUAUUCAACUUUUGUGAUCGCCAGUUCUCAAUGAAAACUGUUUUGAUGCUUGCAGAUCAGAUGCUUGGAAGAAUCGAGUAUGUACACAAUAAGAAUUUCAUCCACCGAGACAUCAAACCCGAUAAUUUCCUUAUGGGUAUCGGUAGACAUUGCAAUCAGGUUUUCAUCAUCGACUUUGGCUUGGCAAAGAAGUACAGAGACAGCAGAUCAAGACAGCAUAUACCUUACAAGGACGACAAAAACCUGACGGGAACAGCCAGAUACGCCAGUAUCAACGCUCACCAGGGUAUAGAGCAAGCGCGGAGAGAUGAUCUGGAAUCACUAGGCUACGUCAUGAUGUACUUCAACAGGAGAAGUCUGCCAUGGCAAGGUCUGAAGGCUGCCACCAAGAAACAGAAGUAUGAGAAGAUCAGUGAGAAGAAGAUGUCAACAUCACCGGAAACACUCUGCAAGAGCUUCCCUGCUGAAUUCGCAAUGUACCUGAAAUACUGCAAGAACAUGAAGUUCGAGGAAGCCCCGGACUACAUGUACCUGAGGCAGCUGUUCCGCAUCCUGUUCCGCACCCUCAACUAUCAGUAUGACUACGUCUUUGACUGGACGUUGCUCAAGCAGAAGGCGGCCAAUCAGGCGGCGGCCCUCAACACCAGCAAGGUGUCGGCCAAUCCGGGAGGGACGCUGAACAACCCCAGCAAAGUGUCCGGAAACCAGUUCACCCUCGCGCAGACCCCGCACGACCAAAUGCAACAUGCAAACCAUCACUACCGCCACCUCCAAAGAAUGUCGGAGAGCAAGAAGAGUAAACCGUGAUGGGACAAACGUUCUCUAGCUACUUAAUCCUGAUCAAGAGAGUGAGAGAGAGAGAUAGAGGGAGAGUGAGAGAGGAUAGAUGAGAGAGUUGCACGAGACAUAACUUUGUUAUAGUAUAAAUGGAACAGACACAAUCCAUCACCCCUGCAUGUUUCAUGAACACUAUAGGCCGCUGAGACGUGUCCACCUGAACGACCAUAAAUGUUUGUAUUAUGUCGCAAACUGGAGAUAUUUUCAUCUUGUACAUACACCAAAGAGUUUUCCCGAGGGUCUUCAGGAAAUCGUUCUGCACGCCCUGGCAUUAUUGUGUCUAUCUUGUAAAUGUAGUUGGUGUCUAGCUAAUUAUUUAUUUCUAUCAUCGUGUUUUCUACAUAUUUUCUCUGCCUGAAGCAUGGAAAGUAUCGGCUGUUCGAAGGUUGAUGAAUUGUGUCUGCUCCAAGAACUGUUAUAAAGCCCUAGUUAAGGUUGUACUUGGCUAUUCAGUCAUCGCCACGUACCAUGAAAGGCAAUACACAGCACUCAUCAUUGUUCUCUUUUCAUGUUCCUGCUUGGUGACCGAGAUCGAUGUAUUUGGUUAUCGGCAAGGCUGUCUAUCCUAUGUUCUGAUAGUAGGGACUGCAAGUGCCAGCAUGAACGCUAGAUAAAGUUCAACACUUUUUAAAACAAAUUAUUCAGCAAAUAGUACUUAAUUUUGUUGAGAUUUGCAAGAUUCAAGGAAGUUUUUCUUUCAGGUCAAAGCAGGUUUUGGAUGUUAAGACUACUAGAUACUGGGGGAUUUCUAAUUUGGCGUUGGUGCUGGUGUUGAAAGCACAAUCAAAUUGUCUAACACCAGAUAUGAGUUUUGAAAUAGAAAGCUCAACACAUAUUAGGUCAAUCCUGACACCAGCUUCAUUUCUAGUUUGGUGCUCUGCUCUUGUAAAACUCAACCCAACCCUAACACCGAAAGGUCGACACCAAGCUUAACAUCACCCAUUAUUGUAUGUAGCAUUGUUUAGCAUCAAAGCAAGGUUUAAACACUGUCAUACAGAUUAGCAGUCAUAGGUUAGAGUUAUACAACAGAGCUAUCACUUGUUGAUCUCUUAGGGCCCCAUCUUACAAAGAGAUGCGAUCGAUCCAAUUGAUCUCAGCUAUGGAAAUCCAUCACUGUCAUAAUUCUUCAUACAGGAAAUGUGAAAAGCCUCCCUUUGGAAAUAAUGAGGAACACGGAGAUAUGUCAAGAAAAUGAUGAAUGCACGAUUAUAAAUCAUAGAGUAUUUUCAACCGACAUGCAUUCCUAAGCUGACGUUACUUGCUUUCAAUAGCUUUAAUUGAUUGGAUCAAUCGCAAGUAUUUUAUUAAACGGGGCCGAGUUGAAGUAUCUGUACCUGUCUGUUUAUCUGUGAAGGUAUUAUAAUAACAACACCCCAGUUUCACCUGCUAGAGGCUUUAAUCCAGCAAGCCAGUCCAAAUUGAUCGGAGAUACCAAUCUUCAGGCUUUUACCAGAUUUCAGUUUCUGACAUCUUGAUUAUCCUGCAAUGGAGACCCUUGUAACACCACCAGUCAGAAUUCUCAACAACUCAACUUUUCCAACUGGUAUUCAUUGCAAUAUCACACCCUCCCACUAGACACUAAUUUCCCCAAUGACAAAGAAAAAAUAUGAAAAUCAUAGUGUUUAAGGCAUAACAACCGAUUAUUUUUGUUGAGGCUCUGUCCUCUAUGACAAAGUGUCGCCCGAUAAAAGUUUCCACCAGUGAACAGUCACUGGUGGCAACCUUGCCAGAGUGUCAUAAUACAGGUCAAACUCCCCCCCCCCCAGACUACCACCCUGAACACUUUACAAGUUUGAUUUUUAAUCGAGGCAGUAUGUUACAAAACAACUUGGAGCCACUAAAAGUAGAAAAGUAGAAACUAAAAUUAAUCUUUAGUAUACAACAUUAACCUUUUCUUGAUAUAUUCCCGUCUCAAUACGUGUAUACCCAUUUAAUACACUUGCGGUCUGAAAUACUUUUCACUAUAAAAUGCCAAACUUUAUUCAUAUUGCCUGAUUUUGAAUAGUGAAUAGAUUAGGAUUUUAACAUAUCUGACCUUACCCCCCCCCCCCAAAAAAAGUUAAUUACAUAUACUGACUAGAUAUUGUUGUAUUUUGAUAACCCGUGGGAAAAAAUACAGCGUACAUAAUACUGAUAUUAAUCCAAUGUACCAGUAUUUCUUUUUGACUAUACAUUUGAUUCAAUCUGUAUGCAUGGAAGACGUAAUUUGUAGGUACUGAUAUAGAGCGAAUGGAAAUACAUCUAUAACGGGUAACAUUCAUAAAUUUCAUUUUAUGAGACCUGAUGGGUGUUUCACAAAGCUGUUCGUAAGUUAAGAGCGACUUUAAGAUCGACUGGUGAUCGUUUCUUGUGGUAAAUGGUAUACACCAAAAUGUUCAUUGGCGAUGGUUUAUCGCGUAAGAAAGGUUCACCAGACGUUCUUAAAGUUGCUCUUAACUUACGAACAGCUUUAUGAAACACCCCAGGGGGGCGGUUUCACAACUAUGGCAACUUUGCCAUCGUUGCAGCUGCCACAGAAACUUUGAUUGUGAUUGGCCGCUAAGCUGCGUUACCUUGGUAGUUGACAGCAUGGCAAAGUUACCAUAGUUGUAAUUACUCUUUAUGAACGAGGCCCCUAAAUGGUGUGUUGUUGGCAUAGCUCUUUCAAAUAAUAUCCUCAUCUCUUAGCGUUUGAAAUGAAUAAGAAUUAAGAAAUUAAUUGGGGUACCUUCUCUCACAUGCUUAGUAUGUUGUACAUGGAUGUCUUAUUUAUUUUAUUACAAUGGACUAGCCGUAGCCAUUCGAGGAAAAUGCAUAGCUCCACGAGUGGCUGGGCUAUUCUCUCCUUGUAUAUUUUUGUACUACUAGUAUGAUGACGGGUUAGUGCUAAUUUUUGGGAAGGCUUUUCGAGUAAAAGCCAAACUGUAGAAAAUUCUUGUAAAUACACAAUAAGGCUAUGAUCAUGCGAUGUAUAUUCAACGAUUCAAUCGAGUGGUGGUAUUAUUUUUUUGGUCUUCAUAUCGCCGUUUUAUUUUUUGUGUGUGUGUUUGGGGUUUCCAUGUUGCUGUCGCGUUUUAAAAUCGAAGAAUUGUUCCUCUGAAAAUAUGUACACCAAUCAAUCUGAUAAAAUUGCACCUGAAAGCAACAUGUAAUUGAAUUAGAAUGGUACGAUGAAAUGGGUCUUUUGAAUUGUUCGCUUCUUCAAAUUUUAAGUGUACUGGAGUAAACUAUUGAUAUGCUUUAAGUAAAUGCCCGUGGAAAAGUUUAUGAGUUUGGUUCUCUUUUAGCAAAAUCUUUGUCUCAUUAAUGAAUAGAUGAUUUAUAGCAUUUAAAGGCUUUGUAUAUUACUAGUAAUUUUUUGGUAUUUGUUCCACUGUGAUAUAUUGAUGUCUUUUUUCACUCAUCAAGAAGGAUUAUGUUUACAUUGGAAACGACAACCAUCCUUUUUUUUUUAAAUCAUCAAACGUGUGUGUAACAGGUAGACGUCAAACAUUCACUUUGGUGAUACCUCAAUGAUAGCUAAUCCACCAUUUUCAUUUUGAGAUCAUAUUCCCCUUUAUUUAGAUUUAGAAUCAAAGAUUUUCGUAUUAAUAUGUGCGUUACUGUACUUCAAAAUUGUUGGUAGUGUUUUAUGCUACUAGCAACUAAGCUCCAACCCCCAAGCUGCCAACUGGAUCAGGCCCGAUCAAGGAGUCGAUUUGGUGCUAGGUCGGGCCAGCUUGGUAGAAAGGCCAUCAGGGUCGAUCUGUUAAGUCAGUUGAUCGACCGUGCUAUGGCUACUACACGAAUGGUGUGGACGUUACAGGUUCACAAACCUUGCUAUUUCUGUCUGAAGUACAGACGCAACAAAUGGAUGGAGGUUAUCAGAUGUAUAAAUCAUAUUUGACUUUUGAAAAACAUUGCUUUUAUCAACAUGGAAGGCAGUAGAAGAAGUCUUGCUCAUGGAAGUUACUUUGUAGUUUAUUUGCAAGACUAGUUUACCAGUGUGGGAAUAGAUUUUGGUGCAGUGCAAGGUAUUCAGAGGAGUAUAACAUAAAGGUGUCUUUCAAUUCAAUCGCUGGCAAAACCAUCUAGAAUUCAAGCAAUUUUGUUAAAUGUUAAGAACUUCAGAUUUAGUACGGUGUCUUUGUUUGAAAUCUUGUAAAAAAAAAAAUGCUUUGAUACCAACUAUGUUUGAUUCAUAAUGGAAGAGAUUCGAUCUUGAUAUUCUGGUAUCAUUGACUUUUGGAGUGCCAGAUUUAAAUUGGAAAGAGAAAGCAUUUAGCUUCAGACUGGCUGUAUUCAAUUAUUUUGUAAAUAUAGGUUCGAUCGUUCAUGUAUUUUCUUUGCAUUCCACAGCCAAUGUAAAACUUGCCUUUAUGUUAAUAUUCAGACGUCACGCCAACCCCCAUGUGUCUAAUUAUGGAAUUACAGCUCACAAGAAAUAAACCUAUAAUUUAUUUUCGAAGUUCCUCCCACAGUGCAAACAGUGGAUUACUGUAUAGUUGAGGCAUGGAUUCAUAUUUUAUGAAUUUCAAAAUCACAAUUAUUCGUGAAAAUGUCCAACAAGUGCAAGCUGAGCUAAAAAAAAAUGGCUGGAUGUUAAUUGCUGGUAAAGUUGUUAAAAAUGCAGAUUUUUUUUCUUGGCAUCAUUAUGGAGCAGUGCAUGUUAAAGCUUUAUGAUGAUGAAAUUUCAGAACAGGUAUUAAAUCCUAUCAAAUGAGCCAGGAUGUACAAUUAGUGAUUACAAUGGCAUAUUCAAAUACAACAAAUUUGAUUUAUUGAGGCUUGGAUUGGGUAUUAUACUAUAUAAAUGUUAUUGCAUGUGUAUUAUAAUCCAGUGUUAUCAAUUCAUGAUAGUCUUGUUACAUUUCGUACCUUUUUUCCUUGCUUUAAAAGUCUUUUGGUCAUGUAUUAAAUGCAGAGCAAUUAAUAGAGUUCGGCCAACCCAUUUUUCAGUGAGUGAUACCAACAUGGCGUAAUUUCUUUCGAAUUGGGCUUGCCUGACACGCAUUACUUGCCAUGUGGGUUACCCGUUGAAACCGGGUUGGCCGAACUCCCUCUAUUAAUGACUCUGAUUAACUGGAUACAAUGGCGCCCUCUAUUUUUGAAGCCAACAGAUGCUCAGUCGCCAAAGUACUUGCAUUCGAGCAGAAAUGUUCAACUAACUUUGUGAUUUGACUUAACCAUUAUCCAUGGAUGGUUGAUUUCAUGUUUGGUGUUGGAAGUACAAAUUAGAUUGCCUCACCUAGUGCCAACACCUAAUCUGAGUUUACCAACUUGAUGAAUAUCUUGUUAUUGAUAGCUCAACACAAAGUGAGUUUUGUUACAAACUUAACUUUAUUUUAAGUUUGGUGCUGUGCUCAUGGCUGAUGUUAAAAAUUGUCCCAACACCAACACCAAACCUGAUUGAAAGUUUGGUGCUGUGCUCACGUUAAAAUCAUCCAACAUCAACACCAAACCUGAUUGGAAGUUUGGUGCUGUGCUCACGUUCAUGUUUAAAUCAUCCAACACCAACACAUACAAAAAAGGUCAACACCAAACUUGAAAAAAAUAACCGAGAUAAGCAUGUCUUUAGUACAUUAAGUUAUCCAUCAUGUAAGAAGGUUUGUGGUCAAAGUUUGGCCAGGUUCUUUAGUAUUUUAUAUGAUGUACUCACAUUAUCUUUCGAUUAUGCCAUGUAUGUUAAAGGAAUGUAUAGUAAAGGUAUAUCCUUGCUUUUCUAUUCAAAAGUGCAAAUAGCCGAAAGUCUUACUCGUAUUUAGCCAAGAAUAUGUCCCCCCCCCCAUGAUAUGGACCAAAAUUAUGAUUUUUUGACAAGGAAAUAAUCGGGUCAAGAUCAUGUCGUUUUGAUUAAUAAUAUUUCAUACAAGUAUAGCUUUUUAGUGUGGGUGGUGUUCCGAAAGUUACAUGUUUGUUUUUGGUUAAGGGGUAUAAUAGCUGGGUAUUAAUGUAAUUUAAGCACAUUAUGAUUUGCUUUUUUAUCAACGAAUCGAAAACAGAUUAGAAAAUAGGCUGUAAAGUGGCGUGAAAAAAGAAAAAAACUGUGAGAUUCAUGAAAUUUAGCCGUUUACCUUGAUUAGGAAAUUAUUUGUAAUGCUAUUUUCCUCGUUUUAUUGCUGUCUUGUCAUGAACAACAGGCAUGCAUUCUAAUAAAAUGUAGCGAGGGGAAUUCCCUUUGUGUUCAGGAUCUUAAGAGGUCAGUGUAGGUUACAUGCAUGAUUCAAAAUGUGACACUGAUAAAUGUGCUGCAGUGCUUGUUCUAAUUGUUGAUUUUAUCACUAUUCGUUUUUUUUUAUAACUCUUUCAUUUGUUUGUAUGUUAAAGAUUCUUGAAUGCAUGCUGAUAGGCCGAGAAAUUUACAUAGUUUUGGGAAAGAAUGAUUGGUGCGAGCCCUUUUAUUUCACCAUUGCUCAUUUCUAUGAGGGGUCAAUAAACUUUCAUACCUUUAAAACAGACCUUACAUCGAUCGUUGAAGUAAAAAUAGUGGAGGAAUGCAGGUUUUUGUGCAUUAUGCUCAGAUCAUUGCAUCACGCUCAAUGAAUGUAUUAUCGAUAGGCCUUUCUAUAUAUGUGUAUCAUAUCUUGGCUUCAAUUCAGGAGGACCUGUCAAGUUUUAUUUCGACAUCGUGUGUGUUUGCCAAAUUCAUCCACUUGGCUUUUGUUGAAGACUUGGAUAAAAUAUCAACAACUUGUGUAGUGUGUAAAUAUUUGUUGCUGCUCUUUAUUGUAAAAUAGAAUAAACUAAAAUUUUGUACAUACAUACACUGCUGACUACAUAGUGUAAUAUUAGCACAGAGCAUUGAAAAUUCCGUGUGAUAUUUUGUCGAUAGAAAUAGUCAUUUUCUGGGGUACAGGUUGCAGAGAAAUAAAAAGAUCUUGAUUAUUGUUGGUUUGAUUGGCAACAUGUGAUUGAAGAUGACUCCUGCACCACUAGUAAAAUGUAUUCAUUGAUAGUUUGUAAGUUAUUUCUCAACUGUCAUAUACUUUGAUUACUUGAUAAUGUUAUGCAAAAUUACACAUGCUUGUUGGAAAUAAACAUAAUUGUUGCCCCAAGAA